AUGUGGUGCUUUUUGAGGCUGAGAGCAAGUCACAAGUGUAUGCACGAGCAUAAUUUGUUAAAGAAAAUAAAAGACAAUGGUAAGUAUAUUUGUUAUGAGCAUGAUUAUAACAGUACAACAAAGAAACAAUCAACAAAGUUCUUAAUGUAUUAAUUCAUGUACUGUCAAACAACAUUUCCCUUAAAGGAUGUUAUUUUUACUAUCUUUUAGAUGUUCUGUGUUAUGACGAUGCGCGCCAUUUGAAAUGCUAUGCCCAAAAUCCAGUGAGAAAGGAUGCCAGUGAUAUUACAAGAAACAUGACCACUAUGGACAUGGUGUGUAAUUGCUUUCACUUUGCCAACCAUACAGAUAAACGGAGUAAGAAAAAUUGCAAUCCAUACAAGACUGCCAAUUUGUGUAACUAA